AUGCCUUCUCAGUCAUUAACAGCUGCUUUGCUUGCUCUCACAUCAGCAGGACUGCCUUGGGGUGUGCCAUCUUGGCAGGCAAUCAUUCAGAUUCCUGGGGAGCCAUGGUCAACAGUCAACAAUGCUCCCGAAGAUUCCCCCUCACUCUAUGUGCCCGAGUGGAUGAACCAAGUUGCUGCACAGGUCAAGGCAUAUGUGACUAUGGUGUUGGGCAUGCCUGUCAGGGCCCAGGACUGCUACAUGGCCAAGCAUGUGCUAGACAAAGAUUCAGCAGCAUGCACUGCAUGGGCUGCCUUCAUCAGCAAGAGGUCCUCUCAAUGGGGUGUCAACAAGAUUAUUGAUGAGGUCCUUGAGACUGCUGGCAGAGCUCCCAAUCAAAUGCUGCAUGAUUUGGGCACAAAGAGUAUCUACAAUUGCAUGACCCCACUUGCCCAGAAACUGUUUGGGGAUGAUGCAUAUGGGGUCACAUGCAAUGUACAUUUGAUGGAUACACUCUACAAUGUGGUAAUGGAAAACUGGAAAGCAUUCAGUGUUGAGGGGACUACCCACACCACCAGUGCUAUCAGAUUGUUCAUUAAGGAUUUGUGCAAAUUAUUGAAACUCUAUGUCCAAUAUGAUGACCAGGAAUGGCGCACUUGGGUGGAACAAUAUAUGGCAGACAUAGUCAAAAUGUUGAGAGUCAUUUGCAAGGAACUAGGCAGCAAGGAUUCAGACAAACUUGCCAAAAAUCUAAGAGAUAUCUUACUCAGUCUCACAAACAAACAUGACAUCCAGGCCAUCACCCAAGCACUGCUGGUCUCAAUUGAAGAUCUUGAUAGUGCUGAAUCUGUUGAGCCCAUGGAACUCGAUCUAGAUGCCCCAAUUGAGCCAGAUUGGAAGGAAGGGGUCAAGGCAUUGUCCAAAUUUUCUGAUGAGCAAUUGUGGCAGAAACUCAGAAUCCCUGAUCAGUGA